AUGGGCAAGGAUUAUUAUGCCAUUCUUGGUGUUUCCAAAGACGCUAGCGACGAUGCCAUCAAAAAGGCUUAUCGCAAACAAGCAUUAAAGUGGCAUCCUGAUCGAAACAAGAAUAAUGCUGAACAAGCCAAGAUCAAAUUCCAAGAGAUUGGUGAAGCGUUUGAAGUCUUGAGCGAUAAGAACAAACGAGCCGUUUAUGAUCAAUUAGGCGAAGAGGGUCUCAAAGGAGGAGGAGGAGCACCACCACCUGGUGCCAAUGGCUUUGGUGGUGCUGGUGGAUUCCCUGGUGGUGGAUUCAGCAGCUUUGGAGGCUUCCCUGGUGGUGGAGGGCAUACGUUUUCAUUUAGCACAGGUGGUCCUGGUGGAGGAUUUGGUGGUGGAUUCCAUCCUUCCAAUGCUGAUGAUAUCUUCAAGCAAUUCUUUGCGUCAUUUGGUGGAGGUGGAGGUAGUGGCGGUUUCCAUGGCAGCAGUAUGAUGGAUGAGGAUUUCGAUGAUGAUAUUCCAAUGGGUGGUAGCGGUGGCAUGCCAGGCGGUUUCAACUUUGGCAGUGGUCGAUCACCAAGAUCCAAGCAAUCAUCUCCCCCACCUGCUGCAGUCAAACGAGCACUACCAAUUUCAUUAGAAGAUCUAUACAAGGGUACCACUAAGCGACUCAAGGUGACACGUACCGUUCGUGAUCGUACUACAGGCCAAACCACCAACACCGACAAGAUCCUCACAAUCAAUGUCAAGCCUGGUUGGAAAGCUGGUACCAAAAUCCGGUUCCCUGGAGAAGGAGACGACUUGGGUCAUGGCCCAGCACAAGAUAUCGAGUUCAUCGUGGAGGAAAAGCCGCACCCCAUUUUCAAACGCGAAGGAGAUGAUCUACGCAUGUCAAUGCAGCUUAGUUUGGUGGAGGCGCUCACUGGUUUCUCCAAGCAGAUCAAGACACUCGACGAUCGAAAGUUGAAUGUUUCAAGUGGUGACAAGGUGACUCAACCAGGACAAGAAUCGCGUGUCAGGAACGAAGGAAUGCCAAAUUCAAAGACGGGUAACAAGGGCGACCUCAUCAUCAAGUACGACGUCAAAUUCCCCACACAGCUUACACCUGCACAAAAGCAAGCCAUCCAAAAUGCCUUUCGAUAA